GGUCAACAAUGGCUCGUCGGUUGCUGAGGAAAUUAAUUGUCGAUCUUCCAGCACGGGAUCAUGCAAUUCUGUCCAGGAACUUUUCAUCAGAGAGUCGCCUGGUGACCAUGAUUCCUGGAGAUGGAAUUGGACCAGAGAUCUCCGAUUCUGUUAAACAAAUAUUUAGUGCUGCAGGGGCACCUAUUCACUGGGAAGAUGUUGAUGUCACGCCAGUAAAAGGACCAGAUGGUAAUUUCCGCUUACCUCAGAAAAUUUUUGAGUCCAUGGAUAAAACAAAAGUUGGUCUGAAGGGUCCUCUAGCUACUCCUGUGGGUAAAGGUCACCAGUCCCUGAACUUGGCCUUAAGGAAAGCUUUUAAAUUGUAUGCCAAUGUUCGUCCCUGCAAGUCCAUAGAAGGAUACCAGACUCCCUACACAGAUGUGAAUUUGGUUACCAUCCGGGAAAACACUGAAGGAGAAUACAGUGGUAUUGAACAUGAGGUUGUAGAUGGUGUGGUACAGAGUAUUAAAUUGAUUACGGAAGACGCUUCUAGACGAGUGGCAGAGUAUGCUUUUAAAUAUGCUCGAGACAACAACAGGGACACUGUCACAGCUGUGCAUAAAGCAAACAUCAUGCGAAUGUCAGAUGGCCUUUUCCUUAAGUGUUGUCGGCAAGUGGCAGAGGAAAACAAGGAUAUCCGCUUCAGGGAGAUGUAUCUUGACACUGUCUGUUUAAAUAUGGUCCAAGAUCCCACUCAGUUUGAUGUUCUGGUAAUGCCAAACCUGUAUGGUGAUAUUCUCAGUGACCUUUGUGCUGGUCUAAUUGGAGGACUAGGGGUAACUCCCAGUGGCAACAUUGGGGAAAAUGGUGCCAUUUUUGAGUCGGUCCAUGGUACAGCACCAGAUAUUGCCGGCCAGAACAAAGCCAACCCAACUGCCCUUCUCCUCAGUUCUGUCAUGAUGCUGCGGUAUAUGGGUCUAUCAUCAUAUGGAGACAGGAUAGAAACAGCUGCCUUUGACGUGAUACGGGAGGGCAAGGCUCUAACAGGUGAUUUGGGUGGAUCAUCGACUUGUUCAGACUUGACCGAUGCCAUCUGUGAGAAAGUGCAAGCCUCGGGAUAAACAAUGCAAUAUCACAAGAUAUUAUUAUGAAAUUGUGUAGAAGACUUUCAAAGCAUUGUUUUAUCCUUAGAAGAAAUAUUUUGUUACUAAAAAUUAAAACUUGGUUUAUGAAUCAUCCUGAUCAGUCCUGUAAAUUUCUUUUCACGAAGUCAUGUUAUCACUAUUUUUUUUAUAUCAGCGACCAAGAAUGGCAGUGAAAUGGUUGUUUAGUAGAUGACAUCAUUUUUAAAAAAAACAAAGAAAAGAAACGGGUAAAAUUCUGUUUGUAACCUCCAUAUCUUCUUUACUAUUUUUUUGAACUAGGACAUUGAUCUACUUGUUAAGUAAGAUGUUGUGAAUGAAACUUUCAUAAUUUAUUUCAUUAAAGUGCUUUGUGUUCUUUCCAGUAUAUUUAUGUUUUGAAAUACAAAGGUAGUAUCAACAGUAUCUGGUUACUUGCAUUAACUUUACAUUGCAUUGGUUUUAAAACUAAGGAUUCAGAGAACAUUGAAUUCACAAGAACAAAGUGUCAAUUAACUUGACAAGUUUUAUUAAUAAUAUCCAUCAAUAAAAAGCAUGUCUCUCACUCUAGGAGUGACCAACUGCAGCUAUCAAAAGAUUAAAUCUAAAAGCCAUUUUCAAAUACAUGCUUAAAACCCUGUAUUUCUCUUUAAAACUUUUAAGUACCAGGGUAUAUUGCAUAAAAUAGCUUACAGUACGGAACUUCCUUCUGCGAUUUGAUUUUGUCAAAUAGUUGUACAUUACAAUUGAAAUUGCUAUAAUUGUUAUUUAGUUAUGUGUAAUGUGAUAGAUCUGAAACAUUUGAUUUGAUAUUAAGAUUAAAUGUGUUCAAAUUUAUUUAAUUUCCUUUAUACACUGUGUCUACAAUAUUGUGACUCCUAGCUAUAUAUAAGAUGUAUUCUACACAUUUGUGAAUAAUAAGAUCUUAAUAUUGUUAUGUUUUACUAUAGGUCAUUCAUUUACUGGCAUCUAUGCUUAUUCUUGCAGACAUAACAGAAUUUGUGCUCAUGCGCUUACAAAAUUGCAUAAAAGUUAUGCUUGGUAUUGCAACAAGGCUAACGAGAACUUAAGUGACAAUAAAUGUCAAAAUGUUAAUGAACUCAUAAUUUCUUUGUAAAUUGGUCCAGAAACUUUAAUAAUUCUAAAACUUUGUAGAUUUUAAAGGUAUUAUCAAAAGAAACUUCCAGCAAAAGUUUAUGUUCUCAACAGAAUGAAAUCAUUUGAAUUUUGAAUCCAAUGUUUCAUGUUAAGAAAGGUGAAUUUCAUUUUCUUCAAUAUGAAAUACUGUUUUGAAAUACAUAUAUUGAUAUUUCUAAAAGAAAAACUUCUGCUUUAUAUAAUUUAAGUGAUUUUUAGUUUCCAAUCUUUGAGCUAAACAUCCUUCAGUAUUUUUAUCUGGUUCCAAAUACAAAUUAAUAUCAACAGGAUCUAAGCAUUUUGUAAAUCAAACUGUAUACAUGUACCAUGAAAUAUUCAAACUUAUCUAGGUAUACAGUAUUUUUAUGUAGGAAGAACAUGAGAUAUCUUUUACAAGUACAUACAUAUAAUAUAAUAAUGUAUUUCAUGUGUCAAUAUUUGCCUUGCAUAAUAUAUCAAUAUAUUAUUUUGGAGAUAUGUACUGUGCACAAAUGCACAUUAAUAACUAACAUCAUACAAUUUAUUUCAGUACAUUUCAUGCGGAAUAUGUGUUCACAUAAAUAAUAUCAGUUAAAAGGUACAAAAACAUGUUAUAUAUUAUGAAUUUUAACAAACAAUUUACGAGAACUACUUUUAUCUUAUCCGUUAUUCGCCAUAAGCCAUAUCAAGUAUGCUAGGGUAUACAAGAAGUAUUGUUACAUCUCGGUGUACAGCAAUGUUAUUGUUCAGAAAAAAUGGUCACUCUACUGCAGUUGUUUGGAGAUUAGUGUUAAUGAUGUAGUAACCACAUGGUUGUGGUUUUAUCCCUAAAUAUUGGAGAGUUUAUUAUGUUGAUUAUUGUAUAACAGUAUUUAUAGUGUCAGUUCUCGUAAAGUUACUUUGCAAUAUGUUAUAAUUUGAACAUGUUUGUUAGAUCUCCUCUUCAAUAAAUCCUUGGUAGUAAA